AUGGAACUCUCACGGGAACACUUUCCCUACCUAGCCCUUGGCGCUGGCGUACUUUUCGUCGUCUGUACCAUAGUAAGGAGCCUGUACUUGGUCUUCUUCCACCCGUUAUCGAAAAUACCGGGACCAUUCAUCUACACCCUUACAGAUCUGCCAUACUUAUAUCACAUUGCCAAGGGAACCUGGCCACAUGUUCUGAGAAGCCUUCACGAGAAAUACGGACCAGCGGUCAGAUACACUCCUGGAGACGUAUCAUUCACCACAGCGGAUGCCUGGAAGACCAUAUACGACCACAAGACAUUAGCCGCUAAGAAUUUCAGUAAAGAUUCUAGAUUCUACGGGAAGUCAGUUCACUCGGAUGAUCCCCACAUCAUCAACGCCAACAGGGAGGACCAUAAGCGCAUGCGUCGACUAAUAUCCCAUGCGUUCUCCGAGAAAGCUCUGAGAGGACAGGAGGCCAUCAUGAAACAAUAUGUCGACUUGUUCAUCACCAAGAUGAGUGAGUACGCCAAAAGCGGACAGCAAUUGGACAUUGUCAAGUGGUUCAAUUUUACCACUUUCGAUCUGAUCGGUGACUUAUCUUUCGGUCAGCCUUUCGGAUGCCUGGAGAGCGGAGGCUACCAUCCGUGGGUCUCGAUGAUCUUUGACGAUGUUCAGUUUUCAUCAUUGUCUCAAAUUCUCAAGCGGCAUCCGAUACUAAAGUAUUUGACCAAGCUUUUCAUGCCAUCAGAACUCAUAAAGAGGAGCAAAGAGCAUUUCAAGCUUACAAAAGAAACCACUUUGAACCGAGUAGAAAGUGGAAACAUGGAGAGAGAAGAUUUCAUGUCCUAUAUCCUUCGCCAUAGCGGUGAGAAGGGUCUUAGUAAGGGCGAGAUGGUUGAGAAUGCUGGAAUUCUAAUCAUCGCGGGUAGUGAGACCACCGCGACCUUGCUCAGUGGCACAACCUUCCAUCUCUUGAAAAACCGAGAGUCAUACGAUAAGCUCACAAAGGAAAUCAGGUCUACCUUCCAAUCGGAGGAGGAAAUGACACUCUUGCGAGUCAACGAACUCCCUUUUAUGAUCGCUACACUGAAUGAGGGCUUUCGGAUGUAUCCGCCUGUUCCAAUCGGUCUUCCUCGACUCGCGCCUUCUGGUGGCGAAUUCAUUGAUGGCUAUUGGAUUCCUGAAGGAACAUCUGUAUCGGUCUCGCAAUUGUCAUCAUACUACAGCGAUAGGAAUUUCCGCGACCCUCAGCAGUUCGUUCCUGAGCGCUGGCUGCCUGAAGGUGACCCGAAGUACAAGUCGGAUGCAAAGUCUGUUCUCAACCCAUUUUCCAUUGGUCCAAGAAACUGCAUUGGCAAGAACCUCGCCUAUGCCGAGAUGCGUCUUAUUCUGGCCCGACUUCUUUGGAAGUUUGAUCUAGAGUUGAUGCCUGAAAGCAGAGAAUGGGACCAGCAGAAGAUCUGGAGCCUCUGGUCAAAGGGAGAGCUCAAUGUGAAGCUCACGGCGGUUGCGAGGUAA